AAUCGCUUCACCGCAUCAUUAAGAUAUUUUUCUGGAAUUAAGGUGAACAGCAAAAAAGCAGCAAGAGAAAAAUUCAAGUUUCGAAAAAAAAAAAGUUUUCCCUCACCAAACAAACACACAAACGUUGGAUAUUCGUGUAAGAGCUUGUCUUGUGGAUUAAAAGGUUGAAGCUUUUUUUGCUGGGUUAUAAUGGGAGAGGAGCAGCAUCCGAGAAAGAGAUCUCGACAGCAUUUUGAAGCAGAGGAGACCAGACACAUAUCUCUACUAAAGUCUCCUCGAUGCGAAACGGCUAAGUGGUAUUUCAGCAAGGAAGAGAUUGAGCGUUUCUCUCCUUCUAGGAAAGAUGGGAUUGAUCUAGCCAAGGAGUCGUUUUUACGCUCUUCCUAUUGCACUUUCAUUCAAAGACUCGGCAUGAAGCUUCAUGUGUCCCAGGUUAUAAUAGGGUGUGCGAUGGUGAUGUGCCACCGGUUUUACAUGCGCCAAUCUCAUGCAAAAAAUAACUGGCAGACGAUAGCAACUUCCAGUCUGUUCCUUGCUUGCAAAGCUGAAGAUGAGCCGUGUCAACUCUCCAGCGUUGUUGUUGCGUCUUAUGAGAUUAUUUAUGAGUGGGAUCCUUCUGCCUCAAUUAGAAUCCAUCAAACUGAAUAUUACCAUGAAUUUAAAGAAUUUAUUUUGGCGGGGGAGAGGCUUCUGCUGGACACAAGCGCUUUCCAGCUUCUAGACGUAGAGCUUCCGUACAAACCUCUGGCUGCAGCUUUGAAUAGGGUGAACGCUUGGCCUGAUCUUGCAACAGCUUCAUGGAAUUUUGUGCACGAUUGGCUUCGGACGACACUGUGCUUGCAGUACAAACCUCAUGUGAUUGCAACUGCCACUGUGCACCUAGCUUCCACGUUUCAGAAUGGUAAAGUUGGCAGCAGGAGAGAUUGGUGGUUAGAUUUUGGAGUAACAACUAAGCUGUUAAAAGAGGUGAUCCAGGAGAUGUGCAUGCUGAUAGAAGUGGACAGAAGGAGGACUAUGCCUCCGCCUCCGCCUCCAAGAAGAGAGGUAGCUUGGGCAAUCCCUGCACCCUUAAAGCCUCCGGUCCAUAUGUCUAGAGGCUAUCCGUUUCACAGCUACCCUUUGCAGUCCUAUAGACAGCCUGGAAUUUGGUGAGAGCCAUUGUUCAGCAGCUUGAAGAUGUAAUCUCUCUCUUGUAGUCUUGAUAGACAAAAGAAGAUUCUGUGGAGUCUCGUGAGAGAGGAAGUGUAAGGUUAUUUAGCAUUCAGAGUGAGGUUUUUAUGUGGCUAAGUUAAGCCUUCUCAGGUGUGACUAUCUUUCACCAGAGUGAAUCUCUCUCAAGAUUCUUCUUGUUUGUUCUGUUACAUAGAGAUUAUGUAGAGUUGUUGGUUAUUAGAAGUGUCCACUCGCUUGUUACAGUACUAGCAAAACCUUUAUGUUAUUGUACAUCUGGAAUCUAUAUUUUGGGUUAAUUCAAAUUGUUUUCGACUUA